AUGUUGUCGGCAUCCAGACGAGCAGCGACGAGCGCCCUGUCGCGGCAGCUCCGCGUCGCCUCGAGACCGUUUAGUGUGUCGACGACGGUCCGCACGACCGAGAGACCCGCCGUCGUCGAGAAGAACGAGGCCGCGACGCCCCAGGUCGCCGACAACACCGUCCCCGAGACGGUCGGACAGGCGCCGAACCGGUCGCUUGUCUGGUCGCGCAGCCAAAAGCCCCGCGCCGAGGCCAUGACUGGUCCGCGGUUUGAGCAGACUGAUUUUGCUCUCCAGCCACAACCUCACUCCGCGAUGGAACUCGUUCACAAGGAGCCCGUCCGGUGGACUCACGCCCGCGUCGUGGCGUGCGAUGGCGGCGGCGGACCGUCUGGUCACCCUAGAAUCUUUAUCAACACUGACAAGCCGGAGAUUUCGAGCUGCAACUACUGCGGUCUUCCUUUUGCCAACGAGCACCACCGCAAGCACCUCGAAUCCCUCCCCGAGACCUCGUACCCCCUCGCAUAG